AUGUAACACGAAAUUGAAGAAAUAAUACUUCAUAACAUUUUAACCUUAGAGAGAUAGUCUGUUAAGAGCAAAAGAGGAAACAGAAAUCUUCUUAACAAAUGGUUCUAAGACUCUAUUAAAUCCUAUUUUAUGUAAAAAGUAGCAGCUCAUUUACUGAUGGCUCCUCUUAAUCUCAGCUCAAUUGAAGAAGUUAAUAACUACAUACACUCUAACAUUUCUGAUAAGUAUCCUUAAUACAUAGGGGUGAUCGUCAAAUACUUUGAAGUAAUAAGAGAGUGCAACAUCGAAAAAGAAUUUAAUAGAAACUUAGUUAUUGAAAUGUACUCUUUAGAAGACUGUAUUUCUAGCGAGAAGCGCACUGACUACAAUAUUAACAAAAAAAUUAGGUCCAGUUUUGUUUCUUAUCUUUUAUACAACUUCUUUUUGUACUACAUAUUUAAUCAAGAUAUGAAAUGUAUCAACGAUUUCUUUGAAAUAUGGAAUAUGAGUUUUCCUGAAAACUAACUUUUGGCCAAAAGACGCAGAACUCAACCUUAAAAGAAGAGAGUUAAAAUUCAAGAUGAGUCUUUUGACUACUCAGAAGAAAGAAGUAGUGAUUUUUGA